AAUCCAGGACAUUGGAAGCGUGAAGAGCCAUACAUAUAACGACCAUAUAUUAAAAAUAGCUAGCCCGCGCCUGCUAUUUCUGUCAACGCAUUGUGCUGAAACAUCUUUGCGCCUCACCCACGCGCGUGCUACUAGAAAGCAAUAUUCAAUAGCCUCGAUAUCGUGCUCCGCGUUGCGCCUAUCCUGGAGCUCCGGCAAGGUCGGGAAUGGUAUCCAGGACGGCAGCUGAGGACGCCGUUCGAAGAGUGGUCAGCGGCCCAGAACGAGGAGACCUGCUGUUCUUCAUCGGGGAGCAAACUGAUGACCAACUGAGCCAGUGGAGGAUCCUGGACACAGACGGCGAUUCAGCAAUUGUCGCCUUCGUGAGGCGGAAGGCCCAAGGCUCGCUGCCGGCUGCUGCUGGUGAGCAUUACCACGAGGCUGUAUGUCCAAUGGGCAUCAAUAAGGGAUCUGUCGGGGAAAGCAGGUUCUUCAAUCCAACUGUUAUUCUCAUGUCCAUGACCAACCCAUUUCACGAGAUAUCGUGUCAGGGUACGGUUUCGGAGUUUCCGUUGAUCAUGAUCUAG